ACUUCAAAGUGAAAUAAAAGGAAAUAAAAUCCAUGAUGAGCAUCUUUUCAUCAUAACUCAUCAAGGUAAGUUGCACACAAGAUUGGACAGUAGCUAUUCAUAGGAAUUUUCCAUCAGUAAUGAGGAAAGGUAGCACACUUUUACCUGUAAGACGGUGGAGGACUAAGAAAUCACUGUCGUUAGGAUGCUCGCGAAUACUUGGCUACCAGAUAAGUUCUCAUAGGACCUCCUUCUGUGAUUUAUAACAGUCUUCUUUCUGCUACCUCGGUGCUUGUUGGAUCAGUUAGGACUCUGUCCUAAACCCAAGGGGGCUUUCUAUCUCUUGGAAUUCACGAAGAAUUUGCAAGCUAAGAUGUCACUUUUUUCCACUUGGAACGUUAGGAGACUAUUUUCAAGAAACAGAUCCCUCACAUUUACUGUAACUUUACAUAUCCUACAGAGAGCUGGUACUGAAUAGGAAUGUGAAUUUUGCCUAAAAUGUGUGUUCCUACUCUCCAUACUUCUGCUUCUGGGUAGCGGUUUUUAACGUAGAGUCCUUGACUUUGGAAGUUUAGGAAGUCCCUGAACUCUUUGAAAUUUUGUGCAAAAUUUCACAAACAUGUCUUUCAGAGGUCUGUGACCCCCAAACCUUUAGAUUUCCUCUAAGAUUGUUGGUGUCAUAAUACUGCCCUCUGGCUGACCAGGGCCCAGUGACUCAUGCGGGUCGGUGCUGCGUUUCUAGAUGUUUCCUUGUCCUAUCAAUUCUUUGUGCCUUUCCCUCAAAUGAUUGUUUUCUUCACGGACUGGCUAAUAUGAUCGUCUCCUUUGAGUUAAACAAAAUUAAAAAUGGAAAAUAAUGAGGCUAAUGUGUUACUUCUCCUGUUUUUUUAUGUUGACAUUAUCAGUGGCUCGAAGGCAAAAUCAGCAGGGGAGGAAUCACCGCAGGGCAGCACACGCUGGGAAUCAGAAAUUUGUUUCGAAUCCCAUCUCUACCAUUAAAGACGGUGGAACCUCGGUCAGGUUUCUUGACCAGUAAUUCUCGCCAUUUCCCCACCUGCACAAUGGAAAGAAUGAUUGUUUCCUCUCAUGUACAGAGUUGUGAGGAUGACACGGGUAACGUGCGCUCGGCGCUGAGCUCAAGCUUAUGAACUCUGGUUUAAGCAGAUCCUCUGGGAACUGGAUUCUGUUCGCGAGAUCUUUCAGCAUGGCCACGUACCAGAAUUGUAUUUCUACUGAACGUCUGCAUGGGAAGACAGGAGCAAUGGUCAGGGAUGAGAGGAACAUGCUGAAGGUGGUGACCCGAAUGCACCGAGUGGGUGUGAUCCUCAAGCUCUUGGUCCAGCAGUUUUCCGUCCUGGAGACCAUGACAGCCUUGGACUUCAACGACUUCAGAGAGUACUUAUUCCCGGCAUCAGGCUUCCAGAGUCUGCAGUUCCGACUGUUAGAAAACAAGAUAGGGGUUCUUCAGAGCUUGAGGGUCCCUUACAACAGAAGACACUACCGUGAUAACUUCAGGGGAGAAGACAACGAGUUACUACUGAAGUCCGAGCAGGAAAGGACCCUCCUGCAGCUGGUGGAGGCAUGGCUGGAAAGAACCCCAGGUUUAGAGCCACAUGGAUUUAACUUCUGGAGAAAGUUUGAAAACAACAUUGUCAAAGGCCUGGAAGAAGAAUUCACAAGAAUUCAGGCCAAGGAAGAGUCAGAGGAAAAGGAGGAACAAAAGGCUGAAUUUCAGAAGCAGAAAGAGGUGUUACUAUCCUUAUUUGAUGAGAAACGCCAUGAGCAUCUCCUUAGUAAAGGAGAGAGACGGCUAUCAUACAAAGCACUUCAGGGGGCCUUGAUGAUAUACUUUUACAGGGAAGAGCCCAGGUUCCAGGUCCCUUUCCAGCUGCUGACCUCCCUCAUGGACAUGGACUCGCUCAUGACCAAGUGGAGAUACAACCAUGUGUGCGUGGUGCACAGAAUGCUGGGCAGCAAGGCGGGCACCGGCGGGUCCUCGGGGUACCAGUACCUGCGCUCCACGGUGAGUGACAGGUACAAGGUGUUUGUAGAUUUAUUUAAUCUCUCAACAUAUCUGGUUCCCCGACACUGGAUACCGAAGAUGAACCCAAUUAUCCAUAAGUUCCUUUACACAGCUGAAUACUGUGACAGCUCUUACUUCAGCAGUGAUGAAUCCGAUUAGAGUCAUCCGCACAAGCUUAUGAAGAACAUUGAUUUCUCAGUCUGCGGUCUUUAUUGUCUAUGCAUUUUCAUGACUGCAGACUCCUAAUGUAAUACAUGUUUAUACAUAUAUAUAGCAUAUAUAGCAGUGUAGCACUGAUUCAAUCCUAAAAAUAAUUUUAUUACCUCAUGUUUGUGAUGAUAUCAGACUCAACAGUAAGAAAUUCAGUUACAUUGUAACAUUGUACCUAGUGUUUUCCUAUUAGAGACAAUGUCCCUGUGUUUACCUCAAUGUAACCAUUUAAUGUAAUAAUUUUCUGUUUCAUACCUUAUAAGCUUGUAAACUUCAGCUAUUUCAAAUAUUUUAUGCAAUAAAAUGUGUCAUUCUGUACAAAGAUGUGUUCAAUCAAAAAGUUUUGUAAAUAGUAAAUAAACUUUAGUCUUUUGACAUA